GGAAGGGUUAAGGAGAGGAAGUCUGGAUUCCUAGAAAAGAAGGAAGUUGGAGAGGAGGGAGGCGCCCAGUCCUCCAGAGCAGCCCAGCCUUCCUUGGCCUCCUCCCUCCUCUCCUUGGGCAGCCUUUCUUCUCCCUCUGGGAAGAGAUUGGGUUGUUUGCUGGUAUCUUCCAUGUUUCUUCUUGCCCAGAGAUCACAGUAAUUCCCAACAGAGCAAUAUCUUGGUUUUUCAAGUUUUGGAGGAGAAGCUGUUGCCCCAUAAGAGAGGAAGGGAAAGUAACUUGGAUAGCAUUUGCUGCUUUGUUAGAUAUCAAUACAAAGAUAGACUGUCCCGACUCAACUGGAUCUGUAGCCAGAAGAAGCCCUGAUGUUAUUGGUAGUGAGAGCAUCAUGGAAUUCUGGCAAAGGAUCAUUAAGACAUUCUUGAACGAAAACAUGGCUAGCUCAGACCUACAGCCUCAGUGCUUCAGGCAGUUCUGCAAAGAGGGUGAAGGUCCACGAGAGGUUUGCGGUCGCCUCCACUCUCUGUGCUGCCUGUGGCUGAAGCCAGAGCAGCACACCAAGGCUGAGAUGCUGGACCUGGUGGUCCUGGAGCAGUUCUUCAGCAUCCUUCCCUCAGAGAUGGAGAGCUGGAUCCGGGAAUGUGGGGCAGAGACCUGUUCCCAGGCAGUGGCCCUGGCGGAAGGUCUCCUCUUGAGUCAGGCAGAGGACAAGAAGCAGGAAGGACAGGCUGAAGAUUUCUAUGUGGAAAUUCAGCCUCAUUUCCCUGCAUCAUCGGAGUCUCCGUCAGAUGCAACCCAGAAUCCCCAGCAGAAGGAGAUCAAGCAGGAGGGAGACGGGGCUGCAGCCUGGCAGGGAACUGGAACAAUGUCAUCACCAAGUCUGCAUCCAUCUCUCUUUGUUUGCGAAGGAGGAGAAACACCUGAGGAUCCAAUUGCCUUUGAGGAUGUGGCGGUCCAAUUCUCCCCAGAGGAGUGGGCUAUUCUGGAUCCUGAUCAGAGAGCUCUGCAUACACAGGUCAUGGAGGAGAUGCAUGGGAUCGUGGCCUCUCUUGCAGAUAACUGGAGGAAGAGAACUGUCAGCGUCAAAAGUGGGAAGCAUAUUGGUCACAAAUGGGAUCUUACCAGGUACCAGAAAGCCCAUAAAGAAGAGGAAAAUAGUAGAGAAAAACCCUUCAAGUGCAACACAUGUGGGAAAUGUUUUGCCCGAAAUAUGGCCCUUGUGCUUCACAAGAGGCUCCAUGCUAUGAAAAAGCAUUUUCGAUGUAAAAUUUCAUGGAAAGGAUUUGAUUACAAAUCGUAUUAUCUGAGUCAUCAAGAAAUCACCAAUGGAAAGAAAACACACAAUUGCCAAGAGUGUGGAAAAAACUUUGCUUACCCUUCAAUAUUAAUGAUCCACGAGAGAGUCCACAGAGGGGAGAAACCAUACAGAUGUGAGAAAUGUGGUAUCUCUUUUGCUCACAGUUCUUCCCUUGUGUGCCACAAGAGAUUUCCCAUAGGAGAAAAACCAUUCCAAUGCCAGGAGUGUGGGAAAUGUUUUUCUCACAGUUCACAUUUUCUCAGGCACAAGAGAUAUCACACAGGAGAGAAACCAUACAAAUGCCAAGAUUGUGGCAAAUGUUUUGUUCAGAAAUCACACCUUCUAGGACAUCAGAGAAUCCACACAGGAGAAAAGGCAUACAAAUGCCAGGAAUGUGGGAAAUCUUUUGCUUGCAAUGCAUAUCUUGUGAUUCACCAAAGACUCCACACAGGAGAGAAACCAUACAAAUGCCCAGAAUGUGGGAAAUGUUUUGCUAGGAGAUCAUAUCUUUGGAAUCAUAAGAAGCUCCACACAGAGGGAAAACUAUAUAAGUGCCAGGAGUGUGAAAAAUGCUUUUUAAAUGAUGCAUCACUUGAAAGCCACUGGAGAAUUCACAAAGCAGAAAAACCACAUCCGUGUCAGGAAUGUGGUGAAAAUUUUGCUCAGAAAGCACACCUUCUACAUAGCUGGAGUAUCAACACAGAAGAGAAACCAUACAUAUGCCAGGAAUGUGGGAAAUGUUUUGAGCAGAAUGAACACCUUCUCGAUCACCAAAGUAUCCACACUGGAGAGAAACUAUACAAAUGCCAAGAUUGUGGCAAAUGUUUUGCUCAGCUUUCAUCUCUUGGACACCACAUGAGACUACACACAGGGGAGAAACAAUAUAAGUGCCAGGAAUGUGGGAAAUGUUUUCCUUGCACGUCACACAUUUUGAGGCACAUGCGACUUCACACGGGAGAGAAACCAUACAAAUGCCAGGAAUGUGGGAAAGAUUUUGCUCAGAAGGCACACCUUCUAGGCCACAGGAGAAUCCACACAGGAGAGAAGCCAUACAAAUGUCCAGAGUGCAGGAAAUGUUUUUCUACAAACUCUGGCCUCAUGAGUCACCAGAGAGUCCACACGGGAGAGAAACCAUUCAGAUGCCCAGAAUGUGGAAAAUGUUUUGCUCGGAGAUCAUAUCUUUGGAAUCACAAGAAACGCCACACAGGAGAGAAACCAUACAGAUGCCAGGAAUGUGGGAAAUGCUUUUCUCAGAAUGCACACCUCCUUGGCCACUGGAGAAUCCACACGGGAGAAAGACCAUAUAAAUGCCAGGAGUGUGGAGAGUGUUUUGCUCAGAUUUCAUCCCUUGCACACCACAAGAGACUCCACACAGGAGAGAAACCAUACCAAUGCCAGGAGUGUGGGAAAUGUUUUGGUCACAGUUCACACUUUCUCAGGCACAAGAGACUUCACACAGGAGAGAAACCAUACAAAUGUGAGGACUGUGGGAAAUCUUUUGCUCAGAAUGCACACCUUCUAGGCCACCAGAGAAUCCAUACAGGAGAGAAACCAUACAAAUGCCAGGAGUGUGGGAAAUCUUUUGCUUGUAGUUCAUAUCUUGUGACCCACCAGAGACUUCACACAGGAGAGAAACCAUACAGAUGCCCAGAAUGUGGGAAAAGUUUUGCUCGGAGAUCAUACCUUUGGAAUCACAAGAAACUCCACACAGGAGAAAAACCAUAUAAGUGUGAAGAGUGUGGGAGAUGUUUUGUUCAGAGACAACACCUAGUAAGCCACCAGAAAAUCCACACCAGAGAGAAAUCCUAGAAAGGUGUAGGUAACGUUUUGCUCACCUUUUGUGGGACACAGAGAAACCAUAAAAAUGCCAGGAUCAUGAGAAGUGUUUUGUUUAGAAUUGGCACUUUCUAGAUCACUGGAUAAUUCAUACAUGAGAAUAAUCUAUGAAAUAACACCAUCCAGAUAUUGUCGCAAUCUAAGAAACCAUACAAAAGCCAAUAGUGUAGGAAGGAUUUUGCUCAGUGCUCUCCCUUGUGCAUCACAGGAGACUGAGCACGGGAGAGAAACCAUACGAAUGACAGGAGUGUGGGGAAUGUUGUAAACCUUCAAACUUUGUGAGACACGAGAAACUUAGAUUCUAAGAAUUUGGGAAAUGUUGCUGAGAAUAUAAACAUUGUCACCCUUCAGAGACUUCACAUGAAAGAAACUCUAUAAAUGCCAGGAGUGGGAGACAUGCUUUGCUAAGACUGUAUAUCUUGUGUACCUCAAGAAAAUCCACACAGGGGAGAAACCACACAAAUGCUAGCUCACUCCAUCUUUCCUGUGAACAUCUUUCCAGUUGUUAGAUAUGAUUGUCAUGGGAAGGGGAGUGGUGUCUCAUUAUUAUGAAGAAUGGGAAAGCUAGAGCCAGAGGAGCACUGUAGUUGUGCCAGAAGCAGCAUUAAGUCCAAUCCAAGCACAGCUAUGGAUUUGAGGGAGGAAACAGAGUCUCGGCAUUGUUUUGUAUGCCAAUAGCUGAAACCUCAGUAACGGAGAGGCCAGAAAUACUCUCUGUCUUAAGUGAAUUAUACUCAUUUAUAAGGCCACCUAUGCUAAUUUAUGGCUUGCAGCUAACAAGCUGGUGUUGUGAUCAAUAUAUCCAAUGCCUCCAGUUACCAUAUGCAAUUUCCUUGGUUUCUAGUGACCUUUGACUUUAUUUUGGACUAAUGUCUCUGGCAACCAAUAUAGAAGCUAUUCAACAAAGCUUAAUUUCCAUAAAGCUGCUACACUAGAGCUGUUGUCUUUCCUUUUACAUAUGAGCAGUGACAUUUCUCCAAAACUGAUAUAAAACAAAGAAUAUGGGAUGUUCCUUUCUAUAACCUUCAAGUAUCUUCUCACACAUCCUGUUCACUAAGCUUUUGAGUUUAGAAUAUACUGGUGCAUUUCACUUGAGUAUUAGAAAAAAAUACUGCUAUUAAUGCAGAUUUGUUUUGCCCUCUGAAAUGCUCUGAGACACACAAGCUGGUGUUCCUUACACUAUAAGAGUGUAGCCUUGCAAUAGGAACAUUGGUAGGACUGAAACCUCAGCCCUGUUAUAGUGGACUACAGGAAGAAUGGACCAGAAAUCCAGCCCUUAGUCAUAAAUGGAGACCAAGAGGAACGGGUGGCCGGUUUUAAGUUUCUGGGUGAAGGAGGAUCUGACCCGGGGCAGCAUUCAUAUGGCAUCGUUGUUGAAGGCGGCCCAAACGAGACAGUACUACCUGAGACUUCUAAGGAACCAACAACUGGAUGAAAAACUGCUGGUGACUUUCUACUGCUGUACUAUAGAGAGUGUCCUAGCCUACUGCGUGGUUUGGUAACUGCACAGUGGCAGAUAGGAAGGAGCUCCAAAGGGUCACCACUUCUGCCCAGAAAAUAAUUGUUUGCCCUCUCUCCCCUCUUUGGAAGAACUGUAUAGGUCCUGCAGCCUUAAGAAAGCUCUGAGCAUUCUUGGGCAUCCAUCUUACCCAGCGUAUUCAUUUUUUGAAUUAUUACCAUCUGGCAGACAACAGGGUGACAAAGAUAAGAACAAACAGACUAGAAGGUAGCUUUUAUCUUAAGAGAUGUAACUAUAUUGGACUCCAUGGUUUCAUAUUGAUAGGGCAUUGGGGCUGUGCAGUGAUGGUUUGGGUAUGGAGGGAUGGGUGAGUUGUUUUAUGGUGUGUGUUGGAGAAGGCAUUUCAUUUUGUUAUGCAAUAGUACAAUGACAAUAAAGCUAUUCUGUUUUAUUAUGA